AAAGCCCUCUGAUAUGACGCUUUGUUUCCAUUGGUUGAAUUUUGUAAAUUUUGUUCUAGAAUAAACUCACAUAAUAUGGGGGUGGUGGCCAUGAGACAGGGCCCCAGGCUCACACGCAGGUAUAGGGAUUUUUUUUAAUUUUUUUUUUACCUGAGAUGCUUUCACUUCCUUGAACUAUUGGUUUUCUCCAAAGGUGAAUAAAAGGGUUAAUCCAUUUUCUAAGAAAAAAUUUCUUCAUUUUUAUUAACACCUGUAGAUUUAAAAAAAACAAAAAAACAAAACAUCCAAGGUUUUCGCAAGUAUUUUGAAAACAUCAUCUAAGAAAAAACGUAAUUAGCUAGUACAUCCCUUCCUCUCUCUCCAUCCGCUUCGUUGUGCACCUCCCCCCAAAAAAUAGAAAAGAAAAAAGAAUAAAAAAUAUCAUUAAUGUAUAAAAGGAACGACUCGUAGGGUUGAGAGCACCAUUUGACCGGUUGGAUGGAUCGACCAACAUCAAAAGACCACUAAUUCAACGAGACUUUUUAUUAUCAAGCUAUAUAGAAAGAGAGAGGGAGCCGCAUGUUUUAUUUCUCCGUGCUGCGACGUCAUAGAAGAAAGGAAAAGAAAUUGAUCCCGUCUAGCGCUAGACACAUACCGCAAUCAUGGGCUCCAUUGUUCAAUCCUUUAUUGGCGAAUGCAGCCGAGUCUGGGACUUGAGAGACAGGCGGACGGACGGAUGGUUCCUAGCCGAGUCUCCGCUCACGCCCGUGCUCUUUUGCGUCAUCUACCUGCUCUUCGUGAAAAUCUGGGGCCCGAAAUUGAUGGCCAAUCGUUCGCCGUUCCAGUUAAAGGGCCUCCUGAUCGUCUACAACUCGUUUCAAAUCGUUUUCAACGGCUGGAUGUUCUACCGCAUUUGCCGUCUGACGUGGUUCAACGGCUACAGUUUCGUCUGCCAGCCGGUGGACUACUCGGCCAGCGAGGACGGCCUCCAGGAAGUCCUGAUGGGCUACUGCUUCUACGUGUCGAAGCUCAUCGAUUUCCUCGACACCGUCUUCUUCAUCCUGCGCAAGAAGAACAAUCAAAUCACUUUCCUCCACGUUUUCCAUCAUUUCGUCAUGGUGCUGGCCUGCUUCGCCGGAUUCCGCUUCAUGACGGGCGGCCAGAGUGCUUUCACGCCGACUUUCAACACUUUUGUGCAUUGCGUCAUGUAUUUCUACUAUCUGAUGGCCGCCAUGGGCCCACGCUACCAGAAAUAUCUCUGGUGGAAGAGGCAUCUGACCGCUUUGCAGAUGAUUCAAUUCCUCUGCGUCGGACUGCACGGCAUGAUGCCCUUCUUCGCCGACUGCGGCUUCCCCAAAAUCUACUGCUGGUACUGCGUCUUCCAGUCCAUCAUGUUCUUCCAGCUCUUCAACAAUUUCCACUCGAAAACCUACCGGCUGCAAGAUAUUAACGCCAACAACAACAAAAUGAACUAAAAACUAAAAGACAAAUCUGCAUUUGUAUUUUAGUUUGUAACUGUAAAUUUCGAAAUUACCGCUCAAUCUAAAUGAAUUUUUUUUUUGAAAUAAAAAUGUUUUAUGUUUCAA